UUUCUUUAAUUUUCUAAGACCAAUAAAAAAUAAAGACCUGUAUUAUCUCCAAUAAAUAUCAUUCCCCUUGGUCUCAUAAUUUAUUAUCAAUAAAUAAUCAAGAAAAAAUAAAAAUAAAAAAAGACCAGCCAUCCUCCUUUUGCCUUUAUAAGGGCAUCUCCACUUCCCACAGUUUAUCAUACACUAUUAUUGUUCCCAAUUUCCUCCUUCCUCAGACAAAAAAAAUAAAAAACUAUGGGUUCCUACAGAUCCUUCUCGGCCGUGGCCAUGGCCACCCUCUUCUUUGCUCUUUUCACCUUAUCAUCGGCGCACGACAUGUCGAUCAUCGCUUACGACAACAGUCACGCCGACAAAUCGAGUUGGAGAACCGACGAGGAGGUGAUGACCAUGUACGAGGCGUGGCUAGCCAAGCACGGCAAGGUCUACAACGCCUUGGGGGAGAAGGACAGGAGGUUCGAGAUCUUCAAGGACAACCUCAGGUACAUCGUUGAGCACAACGCUCAGGACCACACCUACAAGCUUGGUCUGAACCGGUUCGCCGAUCUGACCAACGAGGAGUACCGGUCAACUUACCUGGGUACCAAAAAAUCAAUUCGUAAGAAGAAGUUCAGCAAUCGUUACGCACCCAAAGUCGGUGAUAAGUUGCCGGAGUCCGUUGACUGGAGGAAGGAAGGUGCUGUUGUCGGCGUCAAGGACCAAGGAAGCUGUGGGAGUUGCUGGGCUUUCUCAACUAUUUCUGCCAUCGAAGGGAUAAAUAAGCUAGUAACCGGCCAGCUUGUUUCACUGUCCGAACAAGAGUUGGUAGAUUGUGAUACUUCCUAUAACGAAGGAUGCAAUGGAGGUUUAAUGGACUAUGCUUUUGAGUUCAUCAUCAACAAUGGUGGAAUUGACUCUGAAGAAGAUUAUCCUUACAAAGGUUACGAUGGCAAAUGUGACCAGUACAGGAAAAAUGCACAUGUGGUGUCCAUUGAUGAUUACGAAGAUGUACCUGCAUAUAAUGAGGUUGCAUUGCAAAAGGCAGUCUCAAAACAGCCAGUGGCCGUUGCCAUUGAAGGAGGAGGCAGGGAUUUCCAGUUGUACGAAUCAGGUGUAUUCACCGGAAGAUGUGGUACAUCAUUGGACCAUGGUGUUACCGCUGUUGGAUAUGGCACAGAUGAUGGUGUUGAUUACUGGAUUGUGAGAAACUCAUGGGGUGCUAGCUGGGGAGAGGAAGGCUAUAUCAGGAUGAAGCGUAAUCUGCUGGGUGCAAGAACAGGAAUAUGUGGAAUUGCGAUGGAGGCUUCUUACCCAAUCAAGACAGGAGACAAUCCCCCCAACCCAGGUCCAUCUCCUCCAUCUCCAGUAAAGCCUCCACAAGUUUGUGAUAAUUACUAUUCCUGUCCAGAAAGCAACACCUGCUGCUGUACUUUUGAGUUCGGAAAUUAUUGCCUUGAAUGGGGAUGUUGUCCUCUUGAGGCUGCCACCUGCUGUGAUGACCACUAUAGCUGCUGCCCACAUGACUUCCCAGUCUGCGACGUCAAUGCGGGGCUCUGCUUAUUGAGCAAGGACAAUCCAUUAGGAGUGAAGGCAUUGAAGCGCACUGCUGCUAAAUCUCACUUUCCUUUUGGAAAAUUCGGCUUCAGGGGCAGUGCUUAAGUAAGCACUAAGGUAUUUGUGCAGCAGUGACAAGGACAAGGAUGGAUCUAAAAGUUGGGAGGGUCUUGGUUUCUCCUUGUUGCUUUUGUCAUGCUGCAUAAACAGAAACAAGGAAGGAUCAAACAGUUACAGCAUGCUGGUUUCUCCUUGUUGCUUUAAUACGCUGCAUAAUCCCAUUUAUGCCAUCUAUAUAUUUAGACGGAUGGACUGUUUUAGAUUAUUUAUGCUGCUUAUCUGUAUAUAGCACUGUAUUAAUAUGUUGCAUUUGAACUGCAGCCAGAGACAGAUUGUUUUCCGUUUCUAAAAUCCUGUGUAAAUUCAGUCAUAAAUGACAAUUGGCUUUUAUCAGUUGCUUAUCA